AUUGCAUCCGAUGUAGUCGCAUGGAAAACGGUAUUAAAAUAAUUUUCUCAAAUACCAUAGACCUUAUAAUAACUUAUACUUAUAUAAGAUCUAUGUUUAACGCGUGACUAAAUAACCUGUAGCAUAACCUCAUUAAAGUUGUUAAUUAUAACAUAACAUCUUCCGAUCCUCGUGUUAUUCAAUACUUGGUCAUAUUACUAACGAAAAUUAACAAUCCAGUCAUCAGUUCUGAAAAAUCCAGGUAAUUAUAACGUAUAGAUUGUUUUAUCUUAUAAGGGAUUCUUCUUCGGUCAGUCUUGACUCUAACUAAAAAAAAAAAAAAAUGUCAAAUUAUCAAAAAACGCUAAAUACAAAUAUUUUCCGUGCUUGCCAUCUUGCCAAUGUUCCGUCAUUAAAUUUUCGGUUUUCCAAUUUCUCCCAGAAAUGUGACAGGUUUAAAAGUUCGGGUUUGCGGUCUUAGAAACAUGCAGAAAGUCUGCCUUUUUGGAUGAAUAAAAAGAGUAUCGAAAAUCUUACAUAUAUUUUCCAUUCCCCUCCUUACCUAAUUAACGUUUUUCAGUUAGAAUUAACAUUACAAUUGCCCUGAAAAAUAUAUUUUUAUUUCUUACCUACCCAAAAACCACGUGGUUAAAAAAAAUUGAAAUAUUGAAAUUCUGACUGUUUGGAGUUUUAUUAAUGUACUAUACUGAUAAACAACCACUAUAACACUUCGAUAUUUUUAGGUUUAGUUAUGACCUCGAGAGCUAGACAGUAGGUGUCUUUGAACAAAACAAUUUUUCCAAAUUCGCCAACGUGUACCUCUAAACACGUUGUGUCUCGGCGGGAUAUGAGAAAAUCGAAAAUUCAAUCACGAAUAAUUGGUCAGAAGGGGCGUACGAAAAGGUUGUAUUUGGCGUUUCUCGAUAUUUUGACUUUUUUGUCCUUUGCCUUCAUCUCAAUUAUUUAAAGUCGUCAUCCUCGUUCUAAACUUCUUAUUGACCAGAUCUCCCACCUCAUAUACACGGGCCUGCCUCAUAUAAUUAUCGAUUGCAUCCAACAACCUUUCGGUCUUCCUUUCCUAAUCUUAGCUACUACGUUUAUUUAUAUUACAAUUCUCACUGCUUCAGAUUCUUUUUCCCAUGACCUGCCGCAACCAUCUCUGUCCAUUUUUUCUAUUAUUAAAGCCAUGCCUAAGCUACUUUUUAUGUACUCAUCCCUUUUCCUAUCUUUUCUUUUCACACCACCUAACCAUUCUCAUCUCUGCUAUUUCUGUCUAACACCCAACACUGAACCGUACAACAUAGUCUUACAUUACUUUUGUAGAACUUUAAGUCCCAUUGAAAUUCUGUUGUCAUCUAUCUUACACAGUAAUCAUUUUAUUUAUUAUUUUUAUAGAAUUACACCAAUAAUUAAAUAUAUAAUAAUUUGGUUUUAUAUAAUUUUGCUUUACAGCUAAUUAUAAAUAAUAAUACUAAUCAGAUAUACUGUUUUAAAUUUAGAUUUUCAAUUUAAACUGUACACUUAAGUUGAUUGAAAUGGAUCAAUAUCACAGUUUCUCUUCCGCGGUCAAUAACAAUGACGACUUUGUAAAUGUAUUGAUUAAGUACAAAUAUAUAAGUUCCACAAAUGUAGAAAAAACUUUUAGAUCUGUUGAUCGUGGAUUUUAUUAUAAAGAUGAAGACAAACCUCAUGCUUAUGAUGGAUCACUCAACCUUUUAUGUGACCCAUGUGUAUAUGCUACUGCUCUAGAGUCUUUAAAGCUAUGUUCUGGACAUUCUUUUUUAAAUAUUGGCUCUGGAAUUGGUUAUUUUAGUACAAUGGCUGGUAUAUUAUUGGGUAAUCUUGAAACAUUAUAAUUAUGUAUUUAUGUAAAAUCUUCAAAUUGGUUUUCCUUUUUAACAAAAAAAACUUAUUUUUACUAAUAACAUGAAAUUGUAGUUUCUAUUUUUUCUAUUUAGGUAGAAAUGGUGUGAAUCAUGGAAUUGAAAUUGAUAAAAAAUUAAUAGAUUUUGCAAUAGAAAAGUUAGCAGAAUUUAAAUUAAAUUCUGCAGCAAUAGAUCAUCAUGACUUUUGUGAACCAAUUUUUAUCCAGGGUAAAUUGAAUAUAUAUGAACAAUGUUUUAAAUAAAUAAUUGUGUAUAAAUUAUUGAUAUAGGCAAUGCAUGUGAAUUAUUACCAACGGGUUACUAUGAUAGAGUAUUUUGUGGUGCUGCUGUACCACCUGAAGAAUUUGAAUUCAUGAAAUCUCUUAUUAAGGUUCUUAUUUUCUAUGAAUUACAUUUAAAAAAAAUAAAGACAAAAUUAUUAUUUUGCCUUUUUUUAGAUCGGUGGAAUAUUAGUUAUGGUAUUAGAAGGGGCUCUACUGAAAGUAAUUAGACAAGAUGAGCAUUUAUGGUACACAACUGAAUUAUUAAAUGAAAUAUUCGAAGAUUCAUUUCCACUUCUCUUAGUACCUGAACCUUGUAGUUUGAAAAUCGUGACUUUUCGUAAGUUUAAAUAUUUUAAAUUUUGAUUAAUUUUAAAUUUCUAUUAUUUUGUAGCUUCUGUUAAACCAUUAACUUUGCAAGAGUUGUGUAGAUCUAAUAUUCGUUCAUUUAUGCGCCAACAUUUGCAAAAAGAAAACUCUGAAUUGAAAAUAUACACUGAAUGUGUUAGUUUAAAUAGUAAUGCAUUUAAACAAUUUGUUUGUGAAAAAAAAGAUGAAGUGGUGGAACAAGUUAAUUUACAAGACAUAGAAAAUGUUUCCUCUGAUGAAUCUUCUGUAAUUGACAUAGACAAUUUUUUGGAUAGUGCAAAGAUCAGUGAUGAUGAAGAGGAAAGUGAUCCAUCAUUACAAUGUCCAUUAAAACGUGUAACAAACAUUCAACCAACAUGUGUUUGGACACAUGGUAUUUAUGGUCCCUUGGAUACCACUGGUAUGAUUAGAUUAUUGAUGUUGAAUGAUAUUAUCAGUUGGAUAUCUUAUAUAGAUUUAUUGUUUGACAAUUUAGAUGAAAGUGAAAAUGACAGCGAAGCUGAUAGUGACUUAAAAAAUAAUUAUUUCAUAAGUGAUUACAGAUUAAAUGAGUUAAGUAAACGUUUAAAAGAAAACAUUUACUCGUUGUCCAUACCAACUCCACUCAAACAUUUUCUUAACUAUUACAGGAUCGAUUAACAAGUAACUAUUUAAAAAAAUGAAAAUAUAGUAAAAUCAUUUUUUAAUUAUAAUAGGAAAUAAUAUUAUUAAAGGAAAUAUUAAUUUUGUAACUAUAGAUAUACUUUAAUUAUAAAAUAAAAG